AUGUCGGGAGCCCUUGGGGUCACAUUACGCACCAUGUCGACGUGGAACAAGCACUACCACUGGAAGACGAAGAAUGCGACGCCAUGGACGAAGGAAUACUUUCGGAAGAAGCUCGUUGGCGCCUCGUCGUCGUCGGUCCAGAUCGACUCUCUGACCAACUUUGAGGGCGACGUGGAGCUGGGCAACCGGAAGGGCAAGCUCAUCACCAUCUACGACUGUUCCUUUACCCUCGAGUGGAGCGGCAAGACGGCAGGUGGCGACGACGUCAAGGGACAGGUGCAGUUUCCUGAGGUCAGCCAUGAGGUGGCCGACGAGGAGCGCGAGUACCCCUUUGAGGCCAGCUUGACAUCCACAGCGAGCGACGAAUCGAGGAAGCUCUGCGACGUCGUUCGAAAGGAGCUCGUUCCCGGUCUCCUGCCGCACUUUCACGCGUUCAGGGCCGAGCUCAUUGCUGAGAAUGCAAAGGACCUCGGUCACGAGGACAGCCCGGCCAAUGGCAGCAGCAGCGCGUCUUCGGGCACCUCGACGCCAGCGGCAGGGACAGGGGCAUCGUCUGCCGCUGCUGCUGCAUCUUCCUCGUCGUCGUCGUCGACGACGACGGCAGCGGCUUCUGCGUCCAAGACAGCGGCUGCCAAGUCGGUCAGCACGACCAAGGUCGAUGUCUCGACGGACCUGAGCAUCAGGAGGGAGGACCUGUGGGGCCUGCUCACCGAGCCGGGGCGGAUUCCGAUGUGGACGAGGGCACCUGCGCAAUUCACACUCAACCCGGGCUCCCACUUUUCCCUCUUCAACAACAACGUCACGGGCUCCAUCGUCUCGGUCGAUGCGCCAUCGAAGCUGGUGCAGAAGUGGCGUCCGCCGCAGUGGGAACCUGGCCACCACGGCACACUGACGACGAGCCUGGUGGAGAACGAGAGCAGCACGACGCUCAGCCUUGCGCUCGAGGGCGUGCCCAUCGAGGAGGAGGCGAGGACGAGGGACGCCCUCGACCGCUUCUAUGUCGCAGGCCUUAAGGGCCUCGGUCUUGGCACAGGAAGUCUGGUGUAA